GAAAGACUUAGCAUACAAGAAAACGAUAUGGUACUAAUUCUUCACCAUUAAUAAAUAAACGAGCUAGAGUUGAUAUAUAGAACUCUCAGCUGAUUAAGCCAGUCCAAGCCGGAGAUUGAUCGAGCUUCAAAAGCUAGCCAGCGGGUAAAACGAUGGGAAGGAGGAUUGACGCUUUCUUUGGAAAGAAUCUGAAGAAGAGCGGCGGCAAGUUCAGAGCCACCGCAAGCCUCGCCGUUUCCCGCGUCGCCGUUCUCAAGAAGCAGCGCCAUGCACGGUGCUCCAUCGCCCGCUCCGACGUCCUUCAGCUCCUACACCUUUCUCACCAUCAAAGGGCUCUUCUUCGUGUAGAGCAAGUGAUAAAGGAGCAGAACAUGUUGGAUGUGUUGCUUAUGGUAGAAGGCUAUUGCUAUCUGCUGCUAGAAAGGGUCAUCCAGUUAGAACAUCAAAAGGAUUGUCCAGAUGAGUUAAAGGAAGCAAUAUCCAGCUUGAUCUUUGCAGCCUCAAGGUGUGGGGAUUUUCCUGAACUUCAAGAGCUUCAAGUGCUUUUCUCCACAAAAUUUGGAAAGGAAUUUACAGCCAGAGCUGUUGACCUAAGGAACAACUGUGGAGUCAAUCCAAAGAUGAUUCAAAAGCUGUCGACUAGAACGCCUAGCUACGAAAGCAGAUUGAUGGUCCUUAAAGAAAUUGCACAGGAAAACAAUAUUACUCUGAAGAUAGAUGACACAGAUGAAGAAUCAACCAAGGGGCAAAAGUGUGAUGGGAAUAGGCCAGACCGGGCAGAUCAUCAUAUUCCCGUGUCAGAUCAAAAUGCAGAAAUGGAAGUGAAUAGAAGAAAGUACACGGAUGUGGCUGAUGCUGCCCAAGCAGCGUUUGAGUCAGCAGCUUAUGCAGCAGCAGCAGCCAGAGCUGCUGUGGAACUAUCGCGUUACGAAUCUGGUGGAAGUGGCGGUGGUUGUGAUUGUUCUGAUCAUUCACCACACACUCCCAGCAGGUUGCACAAAGCAAAAUCUCCACAAGGAGGUAAUGAAGAAAGAGACCUUACUGACACUAAAGAUGUUAAUGAAGAUACAGUUACAAAUGAUUUUCAUGAGGAUAAGAGCCCUACUACCUCGGCCAGAACCAAACCGACUUAUCGUUGGUGACAAAAGAACAUCCAAAGAUUCAGAACUCUACUAGCUGAGUGCAGAUUUUGUUAGUUUAUUCAUGGAUACUAUAUGAUGAUAAGGUUGAGAGUGCAUGUCUGAUAUGGAGACUUCAUAUAAUAUAAUAUGUUGAAGGCUUUGUUAGAAGAGAUUGAAGGCUUGUUCAAUGUUCAAUGUUAUUAUAGCUGUUGAAUAUGUGAUGAAUUAAUGUUCAAUGUUAUUAUAGCUGUUGAAUAUGUGAUGAAUUAAUGUUCAAUGUUAUUUUCUGCUGAAAAAAUGAAGUAAAAAUAAAAUUUCAGCAAAUCCAGAGUUAAAGUUGCAAUUUCUUGAGCCAGC